AUGUCUGAAGAAUUAUGGAUGCCACAGAAUGCUAUUCCAGAACAUAUUAAAAAGUUGUUGGAUCCAACUUCUCCAAAAAUGAGAUUAAACUAUAUUUUAGCCUUUAUUCAAAUAGUUCGUUUAUUAAAGACUCAAAAGAGAACCGGAUGGGUUGACCAUAAAGUUCCUCAUGCUUCCGUGGAAAGUAUUAGCGACCAUAUGUAUAGAAUGUCGGUGAUAUCGUUAUUGAUUACCAAUCCAGAAGUUAACAAGGAUAAAUGUGUUAAGAUUGCAGUAGUUCAUGAUCUUGCUGAAGCAUUGGUUGGUGAUAUUACUCCAUUUGAUGGAGUUACCAAACCAGAGAAAAGUAGAAGAGAAUUUGAAACCAUCAAGUAUCUUUCAUCAAUUGUUAAGGAAUAUAAUCCAAAAGCAGCAGAAGAAAUUCUUGAAUUAUGGUUAGAUUAUGAAGAAAUCCGUUGUUUGGAAGCAAGAUAUGUCAAGGAUAUUGAUAAGUUUGAAAUGAUCCAACAAGCAUGGGAUUUCGAACAAGAGUAUGGUGACAAGUAUAACUUGAGUCAAUUCUAUAGUGCUAGAGAUCAAAUCAAAACUCCAGAAUUUCAAGAACUUUGUGAUGAAUUAAUUAGUCAAAGAACUGCCUUUUUGAAUGCUCUUAAAGAGUAA